GACUGCCCUCACAUGACUCGCCUGCAACCACGGCAUAUCAAAGCUACGAAACGCGACAAAUUAAAAGCGAAACGCCUCUCUCACCACCCCCACCCACUCGUUUCUCUCUCUGCUAAAAGCAUCCCCAAAGCACACAUUUUUUCAGUACUACUCCUACAGCUACUCUGCAUUCCCAUUCUCUCCUACCUCCUUCCGUGUCUCUCUUUUUCACCCUUUCCCUUUACUUUUUCACCUCUCUCUCUGUAGAGGGUUUUUCCUAGGAAAAAAUCUAACCAAAUAAAUUAGCUGCUUACUUCUGUUCUGGCUCUGGCUCUCCCGACCAUGGAAGCUUUCAGUUUGCUCAAGUACUGGAGAGGCGGUGGGGGUGGGGGUGGUGGUGGUGGUGUGGCUGAUGCUGUUAGUGUGCGCGCUUCCGGUGCUAAUGUGCGCGCGGGGGCUGCUGGGACUACGACCAUUGUUACUGCUGUGAGUAACCAGGUGGUGGAGACUGACGACGAGGAGGAUGAUGACGGGCCGUUCUUUGACUUGGAGUUUGCUGUCCCUGACGAAGAGGAGGAGGGGGAGGGGGAGGGAGAGGGAGAGGAGGGGGUUGAGAAGAGCAGGGGCAAUGUGGAGGAGGGAGAGGAAGAAGAGGAUGAUGACGUGGAGUCCACCGGUACCGAGGGGGAGAGGGAGUUCAAGUUCACGCUGUCGUCAUCGGGUUCGAGCGGCGACCGGACGGAUCCAAACCUGUCGCUGUCUCCCUCUGAUGAUUUGUUCUUCAAAGGGAGGCUCGUGCCGAUUGAGCCUUCCUCGCUUGUUUUCAACUCAUCUGAACCUAACUCCAAGGGAAAUCAGUUUCCGGUUUCCUUGUUGAAGUCAGCCACUAAGUUUCGGGUGUUCAUGCUGGGGUUGAAGAAGUCAAAGUCGAGCACGGUGGAGAAAACGGAGUCCAAUGGAUCUGCUUCCGCCACUCCUAAACAGGACAAGCAGGAAUCGCAGGGACAGCCGCAGCCGCAGCCGCAGUCGCAGUCGCAGCCGCAGCAGCAGAAGCAACAAGAAAGCAAGUUUUUCACAGUGAAGUUCAAGGUGGAAGAAGUUCCGAUCAUGUCUCUGUUCACCAGAGACAACAGUUCUCGAAGCUCCACCGGUACUACUAAGGCGCAGAAGCAGAACUCCGACGAAACUGCUUCAGACGAAAAGCGAUUCUCCAAGGACGUAAUGCAGAAGUACCUGAAGAUGGUUAAGCCGCUCUACGUUCGCGUCUCGAGAAGGUACGGCGAGAAGCUGAGGUUCUCCGGCCAGUUGAGUUUAGGUUCAGGAGCAAAGCCAGGGCCUGCGACGGCCCCGGCGGCAAAUCAAAAAACUUCUCCGACUAAGUCGAAGACCGAACCCGACCAAGACGUUACCGAAACACCGGCGAUCAACGCAAAGAGCCAGAAACAGGGGAAUAUACCCGCCGGACUACGCGUGGUCUGCAAGCAUUUAGGGAAAAGCCGAUCGGCCUCGUCGGCGGUAGCAGCGGUGCCUUCUGCGCCUUGUCAGAGCAGAAGACGCGAUGAUUCGCUGCUGCAACAGCAGGAUGGGAUUCAAAGCGCGAUUCUCCACUGCAAAAGAUCCUUCAAUGCCUCCAGAGAUCUAGAUUCCUCUCUCCUGUCCCGGUCCGUGAGCGAUCCAUCACAUGAGAAAUCCCUUGAUAUAUCAAGAAACUCCUCCGAACAACUCAAAGACGUUAGUCUCUGAGCUUCCUCUGUGUUUACAAGAACAGGAAAAAAAAAAGCGGGAAAAUGGUGCAGAUUGAUGUUUUUUCAAUUUUCUCCCAAUCAUUCUCAAAUCAAAAGAGAAAGUUCGAGAAAAUGAAUUAUUAUUACAAUCUGCUUCCCACAUUAUCCCGGUGCUCUGUGUAAAAAUUUUUAUUAAUUUUUUUUCUUUGAUCAUGACGAUCAAGUAGCAGUCUGUAAAGCUUUAUCUUCCCAUGAAAGUGAAAAUAGAACGAGAUCUUCGUUGUA